GAAAACACCUAGUUCUAUAUAUAAAAAAAAAGUGUAAUGAUUUACAAAAUACGAAAGCGAUUCUACUAGUUGUCCAUGUGUGCCAGACUAGCACAAGUAGUCAAAAUACAAGUCGUAAUGCGAUCUGAUCGCGAAGCCCACAAUUUCUGACUAUUCAGCUAAUCACUCACCUCUUAUUUUUUUUUGUGCACAAAAACUCACCUCUUAUCUUAUCUAUUAAAAGUCGUUGAAAAUUGCAACUAACUUCAAACUUGUAUGAAUCUCCCAAGUCAAACUCUCUCUUUGCCGAUAUUCCCGGCAAAACCCCAAUCAGUCACAAUUACAAUAUGACCCUCUUACCCUUACCCUUCCUCUUUCUCUUUCUCACUUCACUACCCUUUUCUGUAAUUUCGCAGCUCGACGAACGGUCAACACUCCUCACCCUGAAACGCGGUCUCGGAGACCCACCGUCUCUCCGCCUAUGGAACACCACAUCUUCUCCUUGCGACUGGUCGGAGAUUACCUGCUUCGCCGGAAACGUCACCGGGAUAAGUCUCAAGAACAAGAUCAUCACCGCAACGGUUCCGACCAAUAUAUGCGAUUUCCCAAACCUGGAAACUCUCGACUUGUCGUCUAAUCGAUUCUCCGGAGACUUUCCGACCGUUCUCUACAACUGCACCAAGCUUCGCCAUCUCGACCUCUCCCAGAACUACUUCAACGGCUCACUUCCCGCCGACAUCGAUCGUCUCUCGCCACAACUCGAGUUUCUCAACCUCGGUGCCAACGCCUUCUCCGGAGAUAUCCCGACGGAGUUAACGUCUCUUUCGAAACUCAAAUCAAUCUUUCUCUAUUCGAACAAUCUCUCCGGCGAGUUACCGGAGGAAAUCAUCUCGUGGAAGUCGUUGGUUACGUUGAGUCUAUCAAAGAACAAACUCUCCGGGAACAUUCCUCGAGCUCUAGGGCUGUUGCCACGCUUGGUCGAUCUUGAUCUGUCGGAGAACGAACUCUCCGGCGAAAUCCCCCCGGAGAUCGGGAACCUGAAGUUCAAAACGCUUAACUUUUCGUCAAACAUGCUCACCGGAGAAGUACCGGACCAACUUGAUAACCUUGCGUACGAGACAAGUUUCUUGAACAACACCAAUCUCUGCGCAGACAAACCCGUUGUUAAGUUACAGGAUUGUCGGAAAGUGCUCCGGAGAUCAAAACGGUUGCGUGGGCCAAUCUUCGUCAUGAUUGUAGUCAUCGGUGCUCUGAUCCUGGCCGUCACUCUGGUUCUCACGUUCGUUGUGGUUUGGAACUACAUGAAACCAAGAACAAGCAGACCUAAUAUUUUUAAUAAAGAUUGUUUGAAUUCAUUUAUGUAUAAUAUUUGUAUUAAAUAUAAUGGGCAUUAAAUACAAUAUUGUACGGAAAUUCAUUUUAUAAAAAUAAAUUUUCACAUAUUGCAAUAGAAAACUUUAUAAAUGUAUUAAAAAAAUGAGCAAUUCUCUAAAACAGAGUUUUUAAAAAUUUUAUCACAAAAAUAGAUCUCAAAAACUAAAAUGACUAAAAUAGUAUUUUUUAUUUUAAAAAUUUU